AUAUUUUAAACGAUGUGCUGAUAUUUGGUGAAACGGAAAAAUAUUCUUUCUCUGGCCCGAAAUCGGGUCUAAUACCAGGCCUGAUAAAGUGUGGAUGUAAUUGGCACUUUUAUACUAAAAAUACGCCGUGAAUCACGGGUCACAGGCAUCACGCCAUUUCGUCUGAAGGACAUGUAUCCAUCAUGCAAUAAAAAAAAUCACAUAUAAGUUACUCUAUACAUCACGGCCCGGAAAACGGGAGAUUUCUGUGUUUUUCUUUUUUUUUAUAGUGUUAUGUUUGUUGUAAAUCUGUGUGGUAGCGUUAUCUAACCUGGUGCAGACAUCAAAUACAUGACAUUGACAAAUUUGUGCCAACUUGUUUGGUCAGACCGCCAUUGAAAUAAAAGAAGAGGAAGAAGAACCGUGAUUUAUCCAUAAGAGCUGAAGCUGGCACGUUUGCACGAGUGGAUUCUGUAGGUCCGCUACGUUCCAGUGAAAGACAAGUCUGCUUUGCACUCUGGGUCAGACACAGUAUCACCACUCUGUUGCAGCAGACGAAAGCGCGCUACGCCUGGCUUCGGCACCAAGUAGAUCUGGACAGAAUAAAAAGGAGAAUUCAAAUAUGGAAUUUAUAACAAAUGAAUUUCUUGACAUCAACAAUAUUAAAAAAAUCUUAGUAGACAUUAAGUUUCAUGAGGUGACAAAAAAUCUUCAGCAGGUAGCGGCCGGGAAACUUCCCCUUCCGGAUUGCUUAUCUGUAGAGGAGAUCAGUGAUAUAAGGGAUAUUUUUGGCUGGUUCUGUGAGGUUAGGCCGCAGGAAAUCCUGAAAAUGCUGGAGUCUGUCUUCAGCGCCGAACAGAACCAGACCUUUGAUGGACCUAAUUGGGACGGAUAUAAAGUAAUUGCGGCCAUUGAGAGGCUGAUCCACGCGGACCUGAAAACCAAACAACGGUUUGUUGUGCUGCUGAUGAGCUAUAUCUUUUAUGAAGAAUUUCAUUAUCCACAGCCAGAAACAGGCGUUUACGAUAUCGCAGGCAAUAAAUUCGACCAAUUAAAGUGGGUCUACCGCUACUGGUUCAACCAGCUUGAAGUUCCCGAGAAAGGUUCCGAAUUAAAAUCUUUUUUUGCCUCUCAAGAUGUAAAUAUCAUGGUGAAGGAGCCAACAUCAAUCGUUAUUCCCCCUAUUCCGCAGGAAAUGUGGAAAAGAUCGCUUUCCUUGUCCUGCGGUGGAGAUUUGCUGGCUGUCGAUGUACUUACACCAAAGAAUACUACACAUCUAUUCGACGAUAUUACCGAUUUCUACAGUAGUGCUGAUAUUGUCAGUGCCAAUCUAGAAUCAACGAUUGAUGAUGAUAAACCGUUCGGUCGUAUGGAGGUCAAAGGGAAGCCUUUCAUAAUGAAUACCCAUACAUCGAUGUUUCAUAAAUUUCGCAACGAUGCUAAGAUCAAUUUCUUCAGCACCGCUACCAACCACGCUAUGGAUUUAGGAGAGGAUGGCGUGCUCAAAACAUUGAGUGUCCUUAAAAAAUCUGGAGCCUAUUAUUCUGGAACCGCUGCCAGUGAAGCGGAACAGGAGGAUGUCGUCGUUAUCGAGAAAAACGGACUAAGGGUUGCAUUGCUUGCAUUCACCUUCGAUUUGAACGGGUAUAAAGUGCCUGAUAAUGCCCCAUACAUGGUCAAUGAAGUUCGUUUUAACGAUAUAUGUCCUGACUAUUCACUGAUUGAAAAACAAGUGGCUAUAGCUAAGGCAAAAGGAGCAGAACAUAUUGUUGCUUAUUGUCACUGGGGAUGGGAAUUCGAGAUGUACCCGCAUGUCAACAUCGUCAAAGCCGCACACAAAGUCAUUGAACGCGGCGUUGACACGAUACUCGGCAAUCAUCCACAUGUCAGCCAACCCGCUCAAAUUAUUGAGCGACCUAACAUGCCUCCCGCGUUGGUCAUUUAUGCGUUUGGCGAUUUCGUAAGUUACCAUCCUAACAGCAGAAAUUCGAAACUUGCUUAUCUUGUGAAAUUUGACAUUGUGAGUUACUUUGGCGCAAAAGCAGCUGUGACAAAUGUCAGAGCCUUACCGAUCUAUAUAGUGAACGCUCACCUGGAUGCCGACAAUUAUGAUUGCCGCAUAGUAAAAUUUGAAAAUGUGCUCAAAAAUCCAGAUGGAUAUGGGUUGACCGAGCUGGAAAAGAACCAGCUGCCGCAUCUGCGUGACAAAGUGUGGAAUGAAAUUCUUUCGCCGUUGGUGGCCGUGACUAAAAAUUGUUAAUAAUGAUAGAUGGUCAAAUACCAACAUUACCAUCCAAUGACCUUGUCAUGCAUCGUUUCUGAUUUUGAAAAGUAAAUGGUUUUACGAGCAAGAUGUUUGAUGUGAAUACGUAAAUUCAAGUUAUGCCACUCUAAAGUAAUAGCC